AUCCACUCUAUUUCCUCCUAAAACUCACCAAAACUUUGGGGUCCAUUUUUUGGGUUAUAGAUUAGAUUCACAAAAUAUGAAUAUUGACUAUUUUCAUCCUCCUCCCACUCACCUACUCCAACUCAUUUCCCAACCCCGCCCUAAAACCGAUGCUAAUCCUUCUUUUCCUGACGGCACGGCGGCGGCCGGAGGAAACCACCCCGGUUUCUGUACCAGAAGCCAUUGGAAGCCCCACGAAGAUGCCAAGCUCAAGGAGCUCGUAGCACUUCACGGCCCUCACAACUGGAAUUUCAUUGCCCAGCAUCUUCACGGACGAUCAGGGAAGAGUUGCAGACUGAGGUGGUUUAACCAGUUAGAUCCGAAGCUGAAUAAGAGAGCGUUUACAGAGGAGGAAGAAGAAAUGCUGAUCGAGGCGCAUAAAAUGUACGGCAACAAAUGGGCCAUGAUUUCCCGCCUCUUCCCCGGCCGGACGGAUAACGCCGUUAAGAACCACUGGCACGUCCUCGUCGCCCGGGACCACCGCCGCCAGCCGCCGCCGCAGUUUAGUUCCCCUGUUUCCGGCGAAAGCAGAGCCAGUACUAGUAACAGCGGUUGUAAGAGGAGGAAGCGAUCAAACGACGUCCGUUUAAAUGCUGCGGCGGGAGACGAAUCCACGGCUGAUGAUACUGAGAGCUACGCAUUCGCCGCCGCAGACGAAACGGCGUCGACCUGCACUGAUCUCUGCCUCCCUGCAGCUUCGUUUUCUCUUUAUCCUAGACCUCUGCCGGACUUUCAAAUCGUCAGAACCGUUAAAGGUAUUUCCGGCCCAUCGACAAAUUUUUUACUUCUGUACUUUUCUGGAAAAAAAAAACAAUCUUAAAUCUGGUUUUAGGUUUCUAAACCCCAAUACAGAGAUCUGAUCCUGGUUAUGCCAUUCUGUCACCUGAUUAUGUGAUCAAAACUUUUAAAAAUUAAAAAAAGAGUACCCUCCUUGAAAGUACACUGUGUUUUUAUGUCUUUUUUAUGUAUAAAUGGUACCUUAAAUAUGAGUAAUGUUACAAUUUGGUGUCUUAACUAUUAAAUGAAUCAAAACGGUACCUUAAAUAUACAUAAAUGUUUCAAUUUGAGAUUUUAUUCAAACUUCCGAUCAAAAAAUCAUUCAUAUCAUUCAAAAUUGCAUGUGUAGAGUCACCCUAUGGUGAUCAUGUGAACAAAACUAAGGUGAAGUAGACUUUAUUUACACAUAGAAUUCUGCCGCCACGCGUGAUUUUUUGGUCAGAAAUUUGAAUAAAUUCUCAAUCUGAAACAUUUGUGUAUAGUUAAGGUACCGUUUUGAUUAAUUUAAAAGUUAAGGUACCAAAAUACAACAUUACCAAUAGUUAAGCUACUAUUUAUGCAUUUGACCCGUCCCACUAUCCUACGGUUCCAUAAAAGUUGAACGGUUUGACUUUCACGUUUGACAACGCGCAACUUUAACCGUAAAUAUAUUUAUUUACGUAUUAGUAAACAUUAAAAAAAGUUAAUAUAUUGGAAAUUUAAAUUAAUACAAAUUUAUUAAUAUUUUAUACGUAAUAUUUUUAUUAUAUAUAUUAUUAGAAAAUCAUAGUCAAAGUAAGGUGUCUAAAUGGUGCAGAAAUUCUAAUGUUGCAACUUUUAUGGAACGGAGGGAGUAUAUUCUUUGUCUUGCCCUUAAUCAAGUUCACUCUUGUCUUUUUUAUUAUUUCAGUGCUUCUAUUUCAUAAAAAUCCAUUUCAAUCAUAAAAUUUUCACUUUAUUACAGACUAAACAACAUAAAAUUAAAUUUGGAUAAACAUUACAGAUGGUUGGUUCUACGAAAAUACGGAGUAUAAGAAACUUGGAUCGUAGUAAUCCAUAAUUUUCAAGCACAUCAGAAAAAUCAGAUUACUCCAAAAAACAAUUCCUCUAAAACACAAUAAAAACAAUAAAGAUUUACAAAAUGGUUCAAAAAAACUUGAAGAGGCUAGGCACAAUGAUAUGGAUGACCAUACCCGUACGGGUAGCUCAGUUGAUCGAGUGGUGGAAGAUUUGGAUCAAUGGACCAAAGUUCGAAUCCCUGCAGCGACCGGGUGGAAGUCACAGAACCUGAAAUAAGGUUGGGUCUCUGGUGCACACGGGUGUAUGAGUCUACUACCAUUCUGGUGACUGAGCCACCAUGACUAACCUCCCCACCAUCUUGUCGGGUCGGGUGGGAUUCUGGUGACUGAGCCACCAUGACUAACCUCCCCACCAUCCUGUCGAGUCGGGUGGGGGCUCCUGGAGUGUGAGAUUCCACUUUUUUUUGGAUCAAUGAUAUGGGUGACCAUUAAUGUGAAAAGGAUAUGAUUGUGUUGAAAAAUGGCCGGGAUUGUGCACGUUUGUAUUUUGUAUGGCUUUUGUAAAUGAUCAUUACUGUCACUUUCUUUAUCGUCCGAAUUUCCAUUGUCUUACAACGGUCAAAAGGGCUAUGGUAAAAUCCAUUUUCUUGGUCGUCCACAAUUAUCAUUUGGGUUAAUUUUGGUUAUAGGGUCAUCAUCAUGGUUAAGGGUGGAGGGUGUGAAGGAAAGAUCGGUAGGGUUGGGUGGUCAAUCAGAUUCAUCAAACUCAUCACAGGUUUCUGCGUCAGAGUCAGUGGACAAUAGUAGGAAGAAGACAUCAUCAGAUCAAGGCAAUCCUAUGUACAAUAAAGUCCGUUUCUAUGAUUUCCUAGGAUUGGGAGCCACCGCCUGAUUGACCCUUGUUUGUUAAUUUUGUCUUGUUAGUUGACCAAAAGAUACACAAGUUAUGGAAAUUGGAUUAAUUCAGGACUUCGGUUUCAACUUCAAACAAUGGACUUGAGAUGAAACAUUACUCUAUUUUCAUCGAUAUAUGAUCAAAGUUCAAUUUUUCAUUUUCUAAGGUAACUGUUCUGUUGGUUGUAGUGAACCCUUAUAGAUGGGGAGUUGUAGUUUUACAUUUGUAAGAUAUUGUAUGUAUUAGAGUUGGAUUUGAGAAGAAAAUCCAUUUGUAAGAUGUGGAGGAAUGCAUUUGCUUCCCCUAUUAUUUCUCAUUUAAGCAAAUUUGACCACUCCAACUCUUUUGGUUA